AUGAAUGUACAUCUUAAUGUCGCCAACAAAAUGGUGUCGGACGACAUCGGGUACGUGGUGUACUCGGCGCUCGGCAGUUUCUACAUCCCCUCGUGCAUCAUGGUGUUCGUCUACAUCAGGAUAUACUUCGCGGCAAAGGCGAGAGCGCGGCGAGGGAUCAGGAAGAACCCUCGGUCGAGACCGAACGAGCAACAGACGAGCUUCACGAACGCGCCGAAGGGGACGCGGCCGAUGCCGUCGUCGUCCAACUUGGCCAUGCCGAGCGGCGAUCCUAGUUCUAAUAAUAAUAGGGAGGGUCAAAUAUCGACGAUAGAGACGCAGCAGGUCGCGAUACCGACGGUGACGUGCGACUUCGCGUCAGACAUCAGCACCAGCGAGGCCGGGGAGACGCCGCACCAGGUGGAGGAGAGGAAGGACACCCUCAAGGUGGUGACGUCAGCGCAGGUGACGAGGAAUCCCCUGGCGGCGUGUCCAUACCGGAGUUCCACCUUAUCCGUGAACGGGGAACUCCAGCUGCAGUCACAGAGGACCAGGGCACCAAGUGUAGCCAUCGACACCGACAUGGUCUCAGAACUGGAGCCGUCCUCCUCCGAUUCGGGGGUGGUUUCAAGAUGUGCGGUGGUUAAACCCUUAAAAUUGAGGAUAUGUCAGCCAAUUUUCGGCAAGAAGGCGGACUCCUCGAGAAGACAGGAGAAAUCCCAGCCGACCAAAGCGGAGUUGGAACCGGCGUUGCCGAAACAGCAUAAACCGAGAGACCCGGAGAGGGAGAAGAGAAGAUUGGCGAGAAAGAAGGAGAAGCGAGCAACGCUUAUCCUCGGCCUCAUAAUGGGGAGUUUCAUAGCGUGCUGGCUGCCGUUCUUCUUUCUCUAUAUCCUGAAGGCGGCCUGUCGUCGCUGCCUCAUCCCAGGCAGCGCUUUUGCGAUAGCAUUCUGGCUAGGCUACAUGAAUUCGGUAUUAAAUCCGGUGAUAUACACGAUAUUCAACAAGGACUUCCGAAGGGCGUUCAGGAGGAUAUUGUUCAAGUGAUGUUUCGCCUACCUGUGCUGCUACCGAUGCGUCGCCAACAGAAUCAUGUUGGCUCAGGAGAGGGCAGCACCGGGUUUGUACAAUUAUCGUUGAGUUGGUGGAGUUGGGUUCGCUUGUUGUGUACAUAAAUUAGGUUUACUUUGCGUGGGUGUGGUUUGAUUGUGUUUGGGACUUGAAAGUUUUCAUUGUGUUCUGUCUCGCUUACACUAUCAUGACACUGAAAUGACGGGAAUUUAAAAAAAUGAUGACAAUAAAAAAUAUUGUCAAUUUCAUCGACAGGACCGUAUUUGAAACAACUUUUAUCUUCGAUUUUUCUCUUUAGCGACGAAACUCGGUUUUUGACACCUUAUCGACUCCAUGCCAUUGGGACAUAACAUUUAUCAUUGCAAAAAGCUUAGUAAAUUUUAUUAAUGGAAAAGAACCAAACGACAAUCAAAUCAUACUUUUUACUUGUCUUCUUAAAUUAGUAGUAAAACGACGCUCGUUUGGCGAUGUCAGUGUUUUAAAAAAAAAACUGACAUGCCAAAACGUAGCCCAAAGUAUACUGCAACACUGAAGGAUUUGAAAAAAAUAAUUGUAAAUUCCAAAUAUCCUAUUGUAAAAAGGAAUUGUGUAGAUGACGGCCAUUUUCUUUUAUUGACGUUUAGUUUUUUUUAUGCGUACUGAAAACGUGCAAAGGACUUCGUCCAAUCGUCUUAAUGCUAAUUUAGUUUAAUUAAAUGUAUUUUUAUUUGGCUAAUCUAAGUAUUCAUUAUUAUAAAAGUUGUUUAGCUAAGUGUGAUUUUU